AAAUCUGUACAAAUAGUUGCAAGUGGCACGGCAUCAGUCUAGUCAAGGGGAAGUCAACGUAAAAGGAAAUAGAAAUUAUUUAAUUAAUUGUUGUGAUUCUUGUCUUUCUUGGCCGUCCGUUAGGCGUUAGAUGAGGUGUUGGUUUGGUUUGUGAAAUGCAAGCUGCUUGUCUUCUGCUGGUGUUGUGGUUUAUCCCCAAAAAAGUUUUUAAGUACACGUCGAUUCUUCAUUUUCUCAAUGUCUACAAGACUCCGUCCCUUUCGUUUGUUCCUCCGAGAAAAGGUCAGUCGACGGUUUCAAUUCAAUCGACGUUUCCAAGGAUGAGCAUUUCCUCAACCUCCUCCGCUAUAUCUUCAGAUCCUCGUACAGCCUGCAACCAUGAACCUACUCCUCUACAAUCACCGCUCCCAUGGCCUCCCCAUUCGAUCGUAACACCUUCCACGAAGAUCAAAUCAAUCCCUUCUCCAACUCAAAUUCCAGGCUUUCUCCUCUUCCUCUUGAGCCAGUGGAUUUCAACCAUGGCCAUGCUGUCCCAAUCGACAUUCCUCUUAAUACAUCUGCGGAUUCAAGAAAGAGAGAGAAACUGAGAGAGAAAGAGAAGGAGCUGCAUGCUAAGGAGGCUGAAUUGAGAAAGAGGGAAGAGCACGUCAAAAGGCUGGAAGAGGCGGCAGCUCGAGCUGGCAUAGUUCUUGAGGUGGCAAAUUGGCCUCCAUUUCUCCCACUCGUCCAUCAUGACAUCACAAAUGAAGUACCAAUUCAUCUUCAGAAAUUGUUGUAUAUUGGCUUUGCAACAUUUUUGGGGGUGGUGGGGUGUCUGCUAUGGAACAUUUUGGCUGUUGCUGCAGCUGGGAUUACAUUGGGAGAUGUGAAAAUCUGGUUCCUUUCUGUUAUAUACUUCGUCUUAGGGGUUCCACUAGCAUAUCUGCUAUGGUAUCGUCCCCUUUAUCGUACUUUUAGGAAGGAUAGUGCUGUGAAUUUUGGCUGGUUUUUCCUUUUCUAUUUGCUUCACAUUGGCUUCUGCAUCUUUGCUGCGGUUGCUCCACCAAUAGUUUUCAAAGGAAGAUCUUUCACGGGUUUCCUGUCCGCCGUAGAUAUCAUAAGCAAACAUCCUUUUCUGGGGAUAUUGUACUUCAUUGGGUUUGGAUUGUUCUGCCUCGAAUCGAUUCUCAGCAUCUGGGUUAUCCAGCAAGUAUACAUGUACUUCCGGGGCAUGGGCAAAGCUGCAGAGAUGCGCGAGGCUGCCAGAAGAACAUGAGAACAGUGAUUCAAUGCCCUCCGUUCAAGAGAAAAGAGAGAAAUUAAAUACCAUACUAAGAAGGGUUUGUUUUAAGUGCUUCUUUUUCUUGUUCAGAAUGCUUUUACUAGGUUUUUAAGAGAAAUAGCUGUUAUUGACAUAGAAAAGUAGUUGGGGCAUACAAGGUGUACCUCUGGAAUACUUGCAUUUUGGUGUGUUUGGAGUUUGUUUGGCUUCAGAGAAAGUAUUUUGGUAAACACUUCCUGAGAAAAGGGCUUGACAACAACAUCAUUAUCCGUUUAAGUGAAAGUUUUGCCAGCCAAAUGAACUGUGCAAGGGGGACCCCCUGCCCUGGCCAUAUUGCUUAAAAUGAAUGCUUUUAUAUUGCCCUUUGCAUUUCAUAUGAUCGAAGGUCGACUAUAGCAAUGAAUGGAAUGGGAUGAAUUGACAUAACGAGAAGUACUUUUUCCUGCAUGGGAGAGCAAGGGAAAUGGAUAAAAUAGAAUAAUAUUAACGUAAUUAAUUCUCUUUUAAUGUAUAGUU